UCUUUAAAUGAAGCAUCUUUGGUCAAGUGAACAGCAAAAAUAAAAAAACAAUCGGACAACAUAAAAAGAGACUUGCGCACGUUGUUUUGUUUUUUGUUUUAGAAAUUCUAGAGUACAAAUAAAUUGAUAUCAAAUAAAACAACUUAACCAACAAUAAACUUAAACAAGCUCUUUGAAUAAUGGCACUUGUAGACACCGGCCUAAGUGGCCGGCUUAAUCCCGACAACAAUUUACCUUUUCCAAAAAUAGAAAAGCCCUACAUUCUAGGUUGCUUCAGCAUCAACACAAACCGUGACUUUAUUAGUUCAGGCGAGAACUUCCGUUACUUCCGUAUGCCACACAAAUUCCCAUUAGAUCUGAAUAUUGGCUAUGGACUUGCAAAAUCCAAACAAGAAACAAUGCAAGAAGAACGUCUCGAUAAUCUGGUACAAUUCAUUCAUUACCAUCAAGAUGAGCUUUUAUCAAAACCAGACAUGUCCAGCACCAAAGGUGUUGGUGACUUUGAUUUUAUAUGCUUUCGUGGUCUGCUUCGUUUGCUAAUGUGCACACCAUACGAGUCAAGAGAAGACUGGUGUAUUCAUGCCACACGAUACAAGGGCAAUAUAUACAUGAGUCAAAAGGAAACUGACCAGAAACGACAUGAGCGCUACAAUCAAACUGAAAAUCAGAAAAAAUUCUGCUCAUAUGGCUUUAAAUUCGAACAAUAUUGUAUGACACCAGAUCCAUCUGAGGAACCAAACACAAAUAUUCCGGUUGAUGAAUGUGAAGAAUUCUGCUGCAUGUACAAAACCAAAAUUCAAGGAAUGGAAAUACUGUUUGCAGCUGAAGUUGAUGGGGCAAUUAGCAAUACUGUUGCGCAAAAUGUCGAAAGCAGGGAGGAAUUAAACUCAUUGAAGCUGGUAGAACUCAAGUGUUCCCUUCGACCGGCCAACGAACGGCAGCAACAAAACUUUUAUCGCUUUAAGUGCAGAAACUGGUGGUGCCAGAGUUUUCUUGUUGGAAUUCAGGAUCUCAUGGUUGGCUACAGGAAUGAUAAAGGGCUUGUGGAUGAAAUCAAGCACAUGGAAGUUCGAUCUUUGCCAAAACAAGCUUCGAAUUAUUGGGCUCCAUCGCAAUGUGCUGAUUUCCUUGUGAAAUUCCUUCAAAUGGUUAAAAAUACAAUGAAGGAUGUAAACUGUCCCCACACAGUUUACGAAUUUUACUUCGAUCCUCGAUCAAAGAUGAUUGGUUAUAGGAUCUACCGAGGUAAGUCCUUACAUACUCUCUUACCGGAUUGGUAUGUGACAAUGUUACAACAACGUUCCAGCUUCGGAUUGACAAGAACUGUAUCUAAUGUGUAAUAUACUAUUCUAUAAACAAAAAAAAACUUUA